AUGGUCGUCUUGGUAACGAGAUCCCUGCUCCCCGCCCUGUUUGUUGCUUCUAGAGUUCCAUUCGUCGCCUCCAGUUUUGCUCCUAGAUUCCAGAGGUUUUUAUUCUCUUUUCUCGUUUCUUACCUGAUGUGUAUAACCCUAUUUUCAAUAAUUUUUACAGAGGUCUCGCCACAAUGGCAUCUGAAGCAUUCGUCAAGCACGAGGUCGUUCCGGACAUUUUGGCCGCCAACCCGCCGUCGAAGUUGUCUCCGUCAAGUUCAACUCAGGCGUUGAGGUAUACCUGCUGCACCAGAGAAUAAGUAAAAUGUGAAACGCGUUUUAGGCUUCGCUCGGAAAUGUGUUGACCCCGAAGCAGGUGAAAGAUGUGCCGGAAGUGAAGUGGGAGGCCGAGCCGGGAGCGCUCUACACGCUUAUCAAGACUGAUCCAGAUGCGCCGUCCCGCAAAGAGCCUACCUACCGCGAGUGGCACCACUGGCUUGUUGUGAACAUUCCUGGAAACGACAUUGCCAAGGGGGACACCCUGUCCGAGUACAUUGGCGCCGGCCCACCACCAGGAACCGGCCUCCAUCGGUACAUUUACCUCAUCUACAAGCAGACGGGACGCAUUGAAGACGCUGAACAUGGCCGCCUGACGAACCGCUCAGGCGACAAGAGAGGCGGAUGGAAGGCGGCAAAGUUCGUGGAGAAGCACGGACUCGGAACUCCCGUCUACGGCAAUCUCUACCAGGCCGAGUACGACGACUACGUGCCCAUCCUCUACAAGCAGCUCGGAGCAUAA